UUACCGCAGUAUCACUAGAUUUCUGCACCACUCAUCAAAACUCUGCGGCAUGCAGACAAGAGCUGGGGGGGAGGGCAGAUACUAGGUCUGUGCUGGAGUGUAGGACCGCUACCUCUUACUAUUACUAUCCGUCUCUCUGUUAUCAGAUUGACUCCAGUAGUGUUUUUACUUUCAUUUCCAUUCAUUUGUCCGUCUGAGCGCUUAAGUAGACCUUUAAUUAUCUGUCUUCUUGCCAUAGGUGGUAGGCUACAGUAGGUCUAUUUCUGCUGUCUGGUUAAUUGUUUCAACCCGGCGCUAAUUGCAUUAGGGCGCGUUUGUUAGAGCUUUGGGGUCCAAACUUUUAUGACAAAAUGGCCAAGGAUGGAGAAAAAAGCGGGUGGAAGGAAUAUAUAUGGAACCCGAGGACGAGGGAGUUCCUGGGCAGGACGGCUAGCAGCUGGGGUCUUAUUCUUCUCUUCUAUUUAGUUUUCUACAUCUUCCUGGCCGGCUUGUUUACACUCACUAUGUAUGUCAUGCUGCAGACCUUGGACGACCACAAACCAACCUGGCAAGACAGGCUCUCCACACCAGGCAUGGUGAUUAGACCCAAAACAGAUGAGACCUACGAGAUUGUCUAUAACGUCGAGAACACUGAGAGCUGGGACAUGUACGCUCAAGCCCUGGACAAGUUCCUGGCACCCUACAACAACUCCGUCCAGGCCGAGAAAAAUAACGAGUGCGUCCCAGACCAGUACUUCCUGCAGGAGGACAGCGGCGAUGUCAAGAACAACCCCAAGCGCUCCUGUCAGUUCAACCGUACCAUUCUGGACCUAUGCUCUGGAAUCAAUGACCGUUACUAUGGAUACCAGGAUGGCAAGCCAUGCAUCAUCAUCAAGCUGAAUCGGGUGAUUGGGAUGCUGCCAAGUAAGGAUGGACAAGCUCCGUUUGUCACCUGUGGGGCAAAGAAAUACAAAGUUGGCAAAGAUCAGUGGAAAGAAGACUCUGACAAAAUUGGAGAGUUGCUGUACUUCCCUCCAAAUGGCACUUUCAACCUUAUGUACUACCCUUACUAUGGAAAGAAAGCUCAGGUGAACUACUCUCAGCCUUUGGUUGCCGUCAAGUUCCUUAAUAUUACUGCCAAUCAAGAUGUCAACAUCGAGUGCAGGAUUAACGCCAACAACAUUCCCAUUGGAAGUGACAGAGACAAGUUUUCCGGAAGAGUGUCUUUCAAGCUGAGGAUCAACACUAUCAACUAGGUUGACCCUUUUCCUCUCCUGAAAACUACUUUCUUCAUUCUCUGCAACAUUGCACAUACACAGAAACAAAAUCUCAGUAUUCACACCCUUUGCAGGAUUUGUUUACAACCCCCAGAUUUUGGGGGAAAUUGUUUGUCCAGUCGUCUGAUGAUAUGGGACAAGAAUAAAAGGGUGGUAAUCCUGUCAUUAUUUCUGUCUGUGAGCUUUGGGACAAAUUAUUUUCUGUAAAUUAGUUUGAGGUGACGUCUAUUUAUACUGCAUGACAAACUAGGGGAUGUAAAGAAUGUGAACAUGUGUUUUCAAAGUUUGCAAGGAUCAGCAACAUUAACACUUUAUUGCUGCUCCCCUCCUGCUGCCUCCUUAUAGAGUAUCCCUCUAUAUAUGAAUAUACACAAAUUACAAUACAAAAUGUGUAUAUCUACAGUAUUUACACAGUAUCAUAACCUUAUA